UCUGCUGCUCUGCCCAAUUAUCAGAAUAUCACCACCUUCCUUCGUGUCAAAGAAUCAAAAGGACUCUUCUACUUCAACACUUCUUAUCAACCUUGCAGACUGCAGCAACAGUUUAUUGGAGUCACAGAAAAGAAGGUGAUCAAGCAGUACCAACUGAUGAACAAAGUUUGCUACGAGAAGGUUGUCGACCAAGCUGGAACCCUGGUCUUUGUGCAUCCAUGGAAAGGGACAGCGAAAACGGUGUUGCGACUGCAG